AUGGGUUUCGGCGACUUCGACUCAAUAUGCAGGCAGGCGGCCUUGCCUCUGUGCACAAUGAUCGGUAGCAAUGGUGUCGACGGAACCAAGGGCAUACAACCCGCUUGCUACUCGCGAACCAUCGAGGUGGCCAACACGGUCAUCUUCCAGGGCGCUGCUGGCAUCGCCCACAUCUGUGCCCUGCUCAUGACUGUCAUCAUGAUUGUCCACGUUCGAAGCAAGUUCACCGCUGUUGACAAGNGUCGCAAGGAGAUCAUCAGUUUCUUCUGGGGCUACUUCUUGCUCACCAUCGUUUCGCUACUCGUCGACUGCGGUGUCGUUCCUCCCGGCUCCGGCGCAUAUCCCUGGUUCGUCGCCAUACAAAACGGUCUCGCUUCCGCCACUUGCAUCUCCCUCAUGAUCGCUGGCUUUGUCGGUUUUCAGUUGUACGAAGAUGGCACAUUCUUGAGUGUCUGGCUGCUCAGAAUCUGCUCUGCCACAAUGUUCGCCAUCACCUUCAUCAUCAGCAUCCUGACCUUCCAAGGCUGGGCUGGCCUGGGUCCCGACAACACUGUUGGCCUUNUUGUCGUCCUAUACAUCUUCAACGCCAUCUUCCUCGCCGUCUAUAUCGUCAUGCAGAUCCUGCUCGUAGUGGGAACACUCCAAGACAGAUGGCCGCUGGGUCACAUUGCAUUUGGCAUCUUCUUCUUCGUCAUUGGCCAGGUCCUCAUUUACGCAUUCGGCAAAUCUGUCUGCGAAGGUAUCGCCCACUACAUGGAUGGUCUCGUCUUUGCUACCGUCUGCAACCUUCUUGCAGUCAUGAUGAUCUACAAGGUGACUACUUUCUCUUCUCGCCUUCUUGUUCGUCUUGUGCUAACCGUCUGCCAACAGUUCUGGGACUCCAUCACCAAAGAAGACCUCGAGUUCUCCGUUGGCGCCAAAAACAACAACUGGGAUCUCAAGGCCCAACUUUUGAACGAGGNNGAGGAGAAGAGAGCCACCAUGUACAUGGACAGCGAGUACGACAGUAGUCUCUACUACCAGGCUCCUCGCCAACAGUCCAUGUACGGAAGCUCCAACGGGAACUAA